GGAGGUAAACUGAAAGUGAGAGGGAGGGGAGAAGAAGGUUAUUUAUGGUGGUGCAGAUCUGAUGAUAUGCAUUUACAGUUAUGGCUUUCUACAAAGUGAUCUGUGUGGCAGCUCUGCUGACUCUCCUGACACAAGAGUCUCAGUCACAACUAGAUGUUUGUGGCACUGCGCCGCUAAACACCAGGCUCGUAGGAGGGACGAAUGCUUCUGCAGGGUCGUGGCCCUGGCAGGCCAGUCUGCACAGGGACGGAUUUCAUUUCUGUGGAGGCUCCCUGAUCAAUAACCAGUGGGUCCUGACUGCUGCUCACUGUUUCAACAGCACCAGCAUGUCCAAUCUUACCAUUUACCUCGGACGUAACUCCCAGAAACUUUCAAACCCUAACGAGGUGUCCCAGACUGUUUCCAAGAUCAUCAGACAUCCCAACUAUGAUGCCUACUCAUACAACAACGACAUAGCCUUGUUGCAGCUGUCCUCACCUGUUAACUUCACCGACUACAUCAGCCCAGUGUGUUUGGCAGCAGACAGCAGCGUCUUUAAUGCGGGGACAACCUGCUGGGUCACCGGAUGGGGAAACAUCCAAGAUAACGUUUCACUUCCUUACCCAGACUAUCUGCAGGAGGUUAGUGUUCCCAUCGUGUCCAACAGUGAUUGUAAUGCUACACACAGUUUAAUCACAAACAACAUGAUGUGUGCCGGUUUCCCCCAGGGAGGAAAGGACGCCUGCCACGGGGAUUCAGGCGGCCCAUUGGUAAGUAAAACUGGCUCUAUCUGGGUCCAGGGAGGAGUGGUGAGUUUUGGAGAACCCUGUGCUCUGCCCAACUUCCCCACAGUCUACACCCGAGUGUCCCAGUUUCAGUCCUGGAUCAACAGCCAGAUCACCACCAACCUGCCGGGCUUUGUCGUCUUCACAGGGAACACUUCAACCUCUGGCAGCGCUACAACCUCUGGCAGCGCUACAACCUCUGGCAGCUCUGGCAGCACUACAACCUCUGACAGCGCUACAAUGUCUUGGAACGGUACAACCUCUGAAAGCGCUACAACCUCUGGGAACGGUACAACCUCUGGGAACGGUUCAACCUCUGGCAGCGCUACAACCUCUGGCAGCAGUACAACCUCUGGGAACGGUUCAACCUCUGGCAGCGCUACAACUUCUGGGAAUGGUUCAACCUCUGGCAGCGCUACAACCUCUGGCAGCGCUACAACCUCUGGGAAUGGUUCAACCUCUGGCAGCGCUACAACCUCUGGCAGCGCUACAACCUCUGGGAAUGGUUCAACCUCUGGCAGCGCUACAACCUCUGGCAGCGCUACAACCUCUGGCAGCACUACAACCUCUGGCAGCAGUACAACCUCUGGCAGCACUACAACCUCCCGCAGCGCUACAACCUCUGGGAACGGCUCAACCUCUGGCAGCACUACAACCUCUGGCAGCGCUACAACCUCUGGCAGCGCUACAACCUCCCGCAGCGCUACAACCUCUGGCAUCACUACAACCUCCCGCAGCGCUACAACCUCUGGCAGCGGUACAACCUCUGGCACGCUUCAACCUCUGGCAGCGCUACAACUUCUGGGAACGGUUCAACCUCUGGCAGCACUACAACCUCUGGCAGCAGUACAACCUCUGGGAACGGUUCAACCUCUGGCAGCGCUACAACUUCUGGGAACGGUUCAACCUCUGUCAGCGCUACAACCUCUGGCAGCACUACAACCUCUGGCAGCGCUACAACCUCUGGCAGCACUACAACCUCUGGCAGCACUACAACCUCCCGCAGCGCUACAACCUCUAGGAAUCCUUCAACCUCUGGAACCUCUCACCUGGUUUCCUUCUCAGUUCCUCUGCUGGUCUCCAUCAUACAUCUUCCCUUCUCCCUCUUUGUCCUUUCAUAGGACAUUUAAUAUGUUUUGUUUAAUGAUUACCAAGAUGUCUGGUUAUAAUUUUGGUUGGACUAUUUUUUCAAUUAAUUGAUUAAUUGUUUUGUCUUUAAAAUGGCAGGAAGAUGUGUAAGCAUGUUAAAAUGAAUGUCUUAUUUGACAUUUGAAUUGUAAGGUUGUAAUAUGUUUGUCUGACGUAUUAGUAAAUAUUAGGGGUGUGUAAAGACACUGUGCUCACGAGACGUAUUAGAAGAUAUUUAGUUGCAUUAUAAUGAGUUGGAUGAUGGUUUUGAUGGUGACAUUGCUAUUAAUGAAAUUAAAUUAUCACAUUUUGAAUUAUUGCAUCUCAAUUUACUAUUUAACAGAAAAAUAAAUAGGCUAAUUUACAGUUGAUCCAUAUUCCUUAGCUUCCUACCUAUCAAAGGAGAUCAAUAAUAUGCAUCUAGGCCUAAUGGUUGAGGAGUUAUUACUGAUUUAUUUUGGGUAUGUUAUAUUAGGCGUUUUUCCUGGAAAUGGGUGUCAGUGCCUCAGUUUUUAGAUGUUUAUAAUCAGAAUCAGAUUUCUAGCCAGGUACAAUUUACCAUAUAAGGAAUUUGCCUUGGUAUAUUGGUGCUUAACAGUAAACAUAAACAUGUACAAUAUAUAGAAAGAAAAGAAAGUGCAGAGAUCCAAAAGGUACAAGUAUACGAAAAAUGCAAUGUGAGCAAUAAUAAUUAGUGCAAUUAUGCAACUAUGCUACCUACGUGGACUGGACUUGCAAGCGCCAGAGGGGGUCUACUUGAUUACUAUCACAGAAUAAGCUGGUGUUGCAUCAGCUGGGCGGAGUUGAUUUGCUCUGCAAGUCGACAUUAUCGGUUACACGUUUGUUUUUCACUGCAUGACUAAAUUGAUGUAAGAGUGUGGAAAAAGUCAAUUGCAUGGCACGAGGUCUCGUCACACCCCUAUUGAAUAGAAGUUAAAUGUAAAAGUAAAAAAUUCUAUUGUAAAAUUAAAUUAUUAAUUCAUAUUUUAAAGACAGAAUGAAAUAGAAUUAUUAAUUAAUGAAUGUGAUUCUUUUUUUAAACUUCAUCAUUUAAAUUAAAUUCUAAAGAAUCAAUUUAACAAAGCUCCUUUUCAAAGUGUUGAAUAUAUACAUUUUUGGUGAUAAAUAAAAGCAAAAAGUUUAUAAUUAUUACUUGAGACUCCAUCAAAGUCUAUUAAAGAUAAUUCUGGCCUGAUGCUGAUCAAACAAUGAGUCUUUCUUCAGUUUUUACCUGAUUUAUUUCUGUAAGUUUGAAUUUAAACAUUCGCACUGUGAAUAUCAGAAGUUUAUAAAAGUGAAGAAUGAGAUGUGACGGUGAAGACAUGUUUCUUUUGCUAAUCUCCUAUUAAUUCAUGACUCUAUUUAAUGCCUUCAGGUCUUUUGUCAAAUAUUACUAGCACCCUUCAGUGUGUUGCAGUUCAAUACCACAGGUAGGAUUUAUUGCAGGGCUGUGUAAUUGGAUCACAUUGUACAGCUGUUGGUUUGGUAUUGAUGCAUAUGCUGUAAUAUGUGUGUUAUGUCAGACUCAUUUCAUAAACUGUAAAUCAUUACAGAUCCAUUUAGUUUCAUCCGCUUACUUCUUCUUUUACACUCAAAGAGCUCUGACAAGUUUUGGAUUUUGAACUCAACUGUAUGAGUUUUUCAAAGUUAAACUUGCAUUAAAUCAUAGCUUU